UUUGUACCUUUGCAGGGGAAGAAGUUUAACUUUGGGAAGAUUCUUUUCAGUAACACCACCAUUUUCCUAAAAUUUGAAGGAGAUGAGAAAGCUUGUGAUCCCUCCCAAAGUUACAAUGUGACCUGGUACUUAAGAUAUUCUGACUGCUACAAUGAAGUCUUCAACUUUGGGGAUGAACAGGCAGAAUAUUAUUUUGGGGCUACGUCUGAAGAGCAUCAGGGUUGGUCAGGAUACUAUGCCAUGUCUUCUCUUAUCUUUCCAAAUUGCUCUGUGCUGUUUAGGCCUCAGAUUUUCUAUAAAGAAUUUGUUCAUCCAGAGCCUCUCUCAGUUGAGAAGCAAGAGGGCUUAAAAGAGAAGAAGGAGAGUGGGGGAAAUCUCACAAUGGUGGCAGAUAAAACUGUAAUGAAUGCUGUUGCCAAAACUUGGCGAGAUGGGCCAUAUAUUUUUAUUAUGUACAUUGGAACAAAGGAUUCUACCACCAGAGUCAAAAGAACAGAGAAAGAGCCACCUUCCUCACAUCAGAAUAAACCCAUUACAAUGACGAUCGAACUGAAGGGGCCAUAUGAGUAUCUCUCACUUGCAGACUAUCCUCUGAUGAUUUUUUUCAUGGUGAUGUGUAUCGUGUACGUAUUCUUCGGGGUUCUGUGGCUGGCGUGGUCAGCCUGCUACUGGCGAGACCUCCUGAGGAUCCAGUUCUGGAUUGGAGCUGUUAUCUUCCUGGGAAUGCUGGAGAAGGCAGUUUUCUACGCAGAGUUCCAGAACAUCCGCUACACGGGGGAAUCCGUUCAGGGAGCAGUAAUACUGGCAGAACUGCUUUCUGCUGUGAAGCGCUCGUUGGCUCGAACUUUGGUCAUCAUAGUCAGCCUGGGAUAUGGGAUAGUCAAGCCUCGCCUUGGAGUUACUCUUCACAAAGUAGUUAUGGCUGGAGCCCUUUAUCUAUUAUUUUCUGGCAUGGAAGGUGUUCUUAGAGUCACAGGGGCCCAGAAUGAUCUUGCCUCCUUGGCUUUUAUUCCCCUGGCUUUCCUGGAUACUGCCCUGUGCUGGUGGAUAUUCAUCAGCUUAACUCAAACAAUGAAACUGCUCAAACUUCGAAGGAACGUUGUGAAGCUCUCGUUGUAUCGGCACUUCACCAACACGCUCAUCUUGGCAGUAGCAGCAUCUAUUGUAUUUAUCAUCUGGACCACCAUGAAGUUCAGGCUGGUGGACUGUCAGUCGGACUGGCAGGAGCUGUGGGUAGAUGAUGCCAUCUGGCGUUUAUUGUUCUCAAUGAUCCUUUUUGUCAUCAUGGUUCUGUGGAGACCAUCUGCUAACAACCAAAGGUUUGCUUUCUCACCACUAUCUGAAGAGGAUGAUGAUGAUGAGCAGAAAGAGCCAAUGUUAAAGGAAAGCUUUGAAGGAAUGAAAAUGAGAAGUACAAAGCAAGAACCAAAUGGGAAUGUCAAAGCAAACAAAGCUCAGGAGGAUGACCUGAAGUGGGUAGAGGAGAACGUUCCUUCGUCAGUGACAGAUGUUGCUCUUCCAGCUCUACUGGAUUCAGAUGAGGAAAGAAUGAUUACACACUUUGAAAGGUCCAAAAUGGAAUGAAGGAGCAGCUUUUUGCUAUUGGAAGUGGAGACGCCUCUUUUAAAGUUGCUUGGUUGAGCAAGUGCAUCCUGCUGAUAGUUUCUUGAUCCCAGCCUUGGAAGUUUAAUGCUUGGUUGUCACGAGGCCGUCUUGCCGUGGAAGGAGUUCACAAGGACAUUAUAAACCUUUUGGAAAUUUGAAUAUACAAAGUUGCUGCAAGUUUGGAUUUUUAAGCAAUUUAAAUGUGUACUAUUCCAGCACCUUCUGUAACUUUUCAAAUAUUUAAUCUGUGAAACUAAAAUUCAUGUCUGUUUGAGGA